AUGGCGUUUCCCUACAUCGACACGCCGCGCACCGAAAUCGACGGGAACGCGACUUAUCUCACCAACGGCUUUCGUAGCGUGGGACGAACACAUUUAUCAGCUCUAGAUUCGGUGGAAAACUCAUUUCAUACGCCUUCAAAGGAUAAUGACGUGAUUAAAGGGUUUGAUAAUGGGAGGAGACGCGUCCCCGAUACCAACAAGCUCGGCACCCCGCGCGCCAGCAACAACCCCAAGUCGACACGAAGCGCGUUAAGACACCUUCCUUCAGCAGCUCCAGCGAAGGGCGAGUUCACACCACUUAUGAGAAGCGCGACAAAGAACAAUUAUCUCCGACACGCCUCAACGGCGCGAGGAACUGACGGACCGAAGACUCCGGGUUACAUGCGUGAGACGAGUCGGAUCGCCCACACUCCUGGAUUACCUACAAUCGAUAUGUCCGAUAUAUAUGAGGAGGAUGCGACCGCUGAUGAGCCGACUCCUAUUCCACAAGCGGCCAGCAGUAGUGUUCAGAGCACACCUCUUCCCGGACUUGGUCGAAACGGUGGAGGAGUUUUGGGAGAUGGGCAGAACAUGACUCUGAAAGAACAAGAGAGGAUUAUCGACCGACUUGACAAAGACAACUGGAACCUCAAGCUCAAGAUUCACUACCUCGAAGAACAACUGGAGAAAGCCGGUCCGGAAUACAACAGCGCUGCUCUCAAGGAGAAUACAGAGCUGAAAGUCCUACGGUUGACGAUGCAACGCGAUAUUUCUCGGUACAAAAAGAGCCUGCUCCAAGCAGAACGCGACCUGGAGGACUACCGGCAACAGCUCGCCGAGAUGAGGGAGAGAUCUCGGCGGAGACAAACCGAUGAAGAGGUUCAACAAGAGAUGGAUUUGAUGCGCGAAGAGGUCGAUUCCCGCGACAGAGAGAUCCGAGAACUGCGGGAGGAGCUGAGACUCGUCAAGGACGGCCAAUCCCAAGAAGUCGAGAAGCUUCGAGAUGAGGUUGAGGACUUGGAGGCAGCUGUCCGAGAAAAGGAUCGGAUGAUCGAUGAGCGCGAUGAACGGCUGGAGGAGCUGAGAGAGAAGGACAAUGAGAAUGAGGCCGCUGCCGAGGUCCAAGCCGAAUUCGACCGCGCAAAGGAACAGAUCCAAGAGCUUCAAGACAGCCUCGAGAAGGCAAAAGCGGAUAUGGAAGAUGCGGCCUACACUGCUAGACAGGCUGUGGACGAAAAGCAUCGUGCUGAGGAGGAUCUCCGAGAGCUGCAGGAUGAGAUGUCAAAUAAGUCCUUCACAACAAAGGGGCUUAGUCGACAGCUUGAAGAGAAAAGCGAGAAACUCGAGGAGGAGAUCCGUGCUCUUCAACAAGAUAAUGAUUCACUUCAAACCGAGCUGGACAGUAAAGAUCGAUUGAUAUCGCAGUUGGAGGAGCGUUAUCAGACCACUCAGCAAGACCUGAGGAGCAAUACUGGCAAGUUGGGCGAGGAGCUGGAAUCGGCGAGACGUGAGCGAGAUGUGGCACUUCAAGAGCAUGAGAGAACAUCUGCUCGUUUGCAGGAGGCUCUCGAAGAAGUUCAGCGUCGAACCGAGGAAAAGGAGCUUCUAAAAACUCGGCACCAUGCUCUCACUGAUGAGUCAGGUGGUCUGCAAGGUGAAUUGAAUCGAGCGCAGUCAAGAAUUCGUGAACUUCAACAAGCCGUUGAGGAGUCUACCAACCGUGCACAAGACAACCAAAACCUCCGCUGGCAACACAAGGUGGAAGUUGAUCGACUGCAAACUGAAAUCGAAACCCUCCAGCAUGAAAUCGAAGACAAAGAAGGCAUUUUCGCACUGGAACAGGAUCGCUGGGAGAGUACAAAGCGGACAUUACAGGCCCAGAAAGAGCGAGCGGAGGAGUCAGCAUCGGGCUACAAGCGAACCAUCGAGAGACUCCAGGAAGCGGAACACACUCUUUCUGGGAAAGAAUUCAAACUUCAAGAGGCUAUCGACAGUGAAAAGCAUCGCCACACCCAGGAGGAAGCUGUCCUUAGUCGCCAAAUCAAGGAUUUGAGUGAUGAAGUCACACAGAAGAGGAAUAUUGUUGAUGAACAGCGCAGUGACCUUCUCACUGUGCGAGAGGAGCUUCGAAUCUCUCGACGUGAGGAGCACUCUCUUCAAGAAAAGAUCCAAGCCUUGGAGGAUGAAGUGGUGGUCUUGCAGUCUAGCUUGGCAGAUGAGCAACAAUAUGCCAAGGGUCGAUCCCUGAAGGGAUCGCCUGACGUUGAUACUCAAUUGCAGAAAGCUAUUGCUGAUAGACAAACUCUCCGUGACCAGCUUGCCAAUGCCCAUGUUGAAUUGCAUGAUCUGCGAACGUCUAUGGUUGAAAUGGAGACUGAGCGAGACGAAUUCCAAGCUCAGAUUGAAAGAGCGCAGACUGGCGAUGACACCACUCGAUUUGAUCGCGAGAAACUGGAGCUUCGAAAGACGACAACCCGCUUAGAUAAUGAAUUGAAACGUCUCCGGGACGACAAGGCGGCCUUGAUGGAAGCAAAAGAAACCCUUGAAACCCAGCUCGGUUCAGAAAUUGAACGUGCAACAGAAGAGGAGAGCCGUCUAUCAGCUGAAAUCGACCGUCUUCACGACAAGCUGCUGGCUGGCUCGGGCAACAGGGACAGGGAACUCACUUCAGCAAAGACAAAAGUGCAACGACUCGAACGUCGCAUACAGGAACUGGAAAGCAUUAUUUCUCAGCAACCUGCUGCUGAACAGGAGCCAUCAGCUAUCCACGGUGAUCUUUCUGUCCUUCGUCAUAGCCUCGAAGACGCCCGCAAGCGCGAAAAGUCUCUUCAACAACGUGAAGUUGAAUACAAGAGCUCUACACGUAACUUGAAAUCGCGGAUCUCCGACCUCGAAAAAGACCUUCACGAUGCUAUGAUGAACAAAUUGGAUUCUAAUUCCCUGCAAAACUCGCCAUCUAAUAAGCUUCAUGAAGAAUUAAGGAACCUCCGCAAGCAGCUCUCCGAGGCUCACCGGUCUCUCAAGGAAGUGAAGGUGAAGAACCGUGACUUGGAGCGUGCGGCCAUGAAAGAGGAGGAUCAGAAAGAUUUACAUGAAUUGCUGAAGUCAUCUACUCUGGAAGCCGAAGCCCUCGCAUUGAAGGUCUCGGAGCGGGACUCGCGUUUGAAUGAGCUUAAGGCUCAAGUUCGUCGCAUCCGUGAAGAGCGCGCUUUUUGUGUCCGCAAAGCCGAGGCAGCACUAAAAGAUCUGGAGACAUUACAACAGCGCUACGUCGAGCUCGAGAGAGUGUCACAAGGCAAAUCAACCAACAAGAGCCGACACGAGAAAGAGAUCCGUGGUCUCGGCAAAGAGAUUAUCUGGCUUCGUGCCCGUCUACAACGCGAGGAGAAGUUCCGUCGUGACCUUGCUUGGAGUAAGGGUCUUAUGGAACUUGGUGAACGCGUUCGUGUAGCAUGUAACGAAGCUGAUCUCCGCAUGAUCAACGAAAUGGGUGUCCGAGCUCGUGAUCGUAAUCCAACCCGAACACCACUUGGCAAAUUCCGCACAGCAAUCUCCUUGGUAAUCGCCGCCACUCGCAUGAAAAAGAUGGGGCAAGAAUGGCGAAAGACCAAGAAGCUUGGCGAAGGCUUGAAGCGAGCUAAGAGUGAGAUGCUCAAGCGUCGCGAAAGCUCAAGCAAGAGUAUACUCGGUGCAUAG